AUGUCACCCAAAAGCACUAUACACGACCCGGCCCCUGAUGCCCAGGGGAAGGAGUCCGAGAAGCCUGCCUCAGUCUUAGCCAGCCACCCGGAACUCGUCAGCGACCAUAGCACAGAGGAGGGUGGCCUGCAGCGUAGGCUGGAGAACCGCCAGAUCCAGCUCAUCGCCAUCGGAGGCUCCAUUGGGACUGCCCUCUUCGUAAGUAUCAACGAGGGACUCAACAAGGGAGGGCCUGGCAGUCUUCUCAUUGCAUAUGCAGUCUACAGCGCCAUGCUAUCUCUCGUCAACAAUGGAAUAGCCGAGAUGUCCACGUACAUGCCCAUCAGCGGUGCCUUUAUUCGGCUUGCUGGGAAAUGGGUGGACGAGGCGUUUGGUUUCAUGGCUGGAUGGAACUUCUACUUCUAUGAAGCCCUCCUUGUCCCGUUUGAGAUCACAGCGCUGAAUCUGGUGCUUGGUUUCUGGAGUGACAAUAUCCCAGUAGGGGCGAUCUGUGCGGCUUGCAUUAUCCUAUAUGCCGUCCUCAACAUCCUAGCAGUCAAAGCCUACGGUGAAUCCGAAUUCUGGCUCUCCAGCGGUAAGGUAAUUCUAAUAGGCAUCCUCUUCUUCUUCACCUUCAUAACCAUGGUCGGCGGCAAUCCCCAAGGCGACGCAUACGGCUUCCGCUACUUCAACACCCCAGGCGCCUUCGCAGAGCACAACUCCCAAGGCACCCUCGGCCAGUUCGAAGGCUUCCUCGGCGCCCUCUGGUCCGCCUCUUUUACUUGUGUCGGCCCCGAGUACGUCUCGGUGGUGGCAGCCGAGGCCAAGUUCCCCCGCAAAUACAUCAAAACGGCCUUCAAAACCGUAUACUACCGCUUCGUGGUCUUCUUCGUCGGCGGCGCCCUCUGCUGCGGUAUUGUCGUAGCCUACAACGACCCAGCCCUUGUCCAAGCCCUAUCCGGUGAAUCGUCCGGAUCCGCCGCCGCGUCUCCCUACGUGAUCGCCAUGCGCAACCUCAAAAUCCAAGCCCUACCGCACCUCAUCAAUGCCCUCCUCGUCACCACCAUCUUCUCCGCCGGCAACACGUACACGUACUGCGCAACUAGAACCCUCUACGGCCUCGCCAUUGACGGCCGCGCCCCCGCCAUCUUCACCAAAUGCACCAAACAGGGAAUCCCCAUCUACUGCUUCGCCCUGACAAUGCUCUUCGCCUGUCUCUCCUUCCUGCAACUGUCUAAGAACUCCGCCUCCGUGCUCUCCUGGCUAAUAAGUCUCACCACGGCCGCAGGAAUCAUCGACUACAUUGUCAUGUGCAUUACGUAUAUCUGCUUCUACCGCGCGUGCGUCGCCCAGGGGUUCGACCGCAACACUCUCCCCUACAAGGGCUAUUUCCAGCCCUACUGCGCGUACAUCGGGCUCGUGUGGAUGACACUGGUCGUGACGUGCUACGGGUACGAGAGCUUCAGACCCUGGGACACGACGGGGUUCUUUACGCACUAUACCAUGCUGAUUGUGGGCGCGGUGCUGUUUACGGCGUGGAAGGUGCUCAAGCGGACGAGGUGGUUGAGGCCGCACGAGCUGGAUCUGCAUUGGGAGGCGCCGAGGAUUACGGCUUAUGAGGAGCUAUUGCUGUUGACGGAGAGUGAGAAUUCGUUUUGGGGGGAGGUGUUUGGGGUGUUUAGACGGGGGAAGGGGGGGAGGGGGGUCCCUGUCCAGGAGUCUGUUUAG